GCGCGGCCCCACUCAUUGAGGGUGGACGGCGCAAGGGAAGCUCCAGUGCAGUCAACAACACCGCGCGCAGAAAGGAGGGGGGGGGGUGAGACUUUCGCCUUCGCGGAGAAAGGACAAAGGUUUCCUGCCCGCUCUUGAGUAACCCCGAAGACUCUAAAGGCCAGCAUGGAAGUGCAGAAGGAAGCGCAGCGCAUCAUGACCAUGUCGGUGUGGAAAAUGUACCACUCGCGUAUGCAGCGCGGCGGCCUCCGGCUCCAUCGCAGCCUGCAGCUCUCCCUCGUCAUGCGAAAUGCCCGGGACCUCUACCUCUCCGCCAAGCUGGAGGAAGAGGACGAGAUGGCCGUGGGCGUCGGCCCGGGAGAGGGGUUUGCAGGGCAGCAACCGCACCUGGACUUACAGGGGUCGAGCCCUCAACAUCUGGAGGGGCCCCCGUCACCCCCCAGUCCUCAGGCACUGGAGAGACUUCCCCGGGCACAGCCGGAGGCUUCGCUUCCCAGCCCGCCGUCUUUGGAGACACCGCCGCCGCUUGCUUCGCUUGCAGCCGAGCCGGAGCCCAUGGAGACUCAGGAGGAGCCCGGCUGCUCGCCCGCGCCUGCCCAGUCCCGGACUAGCUGGAGCCGGGGCGCCCCCAAGCCGAGUCGCAAGCGCCGCAGCAGCAGCCUGGGCAAGAUCGGCGCCGCCGAAGCCGGCCUGGUGCCCAGCAAGAAGGCGAAGCUGGUGGAAGAGGAAGGCGAGCGGCAGCCGCAGCGCCAAGAGGGCCCUUUCCCGAGCUUGGCUCGAGUCUUGCAGGACCGCUUCUCGGGCUUGAUCCUCUCGCCGCAGGCGGCGAAAGGCGGCGACGAGCCCAAGGCGAGCUGCAGGCGAGGGGACGGCGGCGUGCUCAGCAUCAUGGUGAGAGCGGUGAUGGCUUUCUAAAGCGCGCCCCUGCCAAGGACUCGCGGGAGCGGAAACUUCUCGGUCCGGAGAAGCGGAGCCUGCCGGAGCCCCUCUUUGGCGGCUGGGGGGGCUGAGCACCGCCUCCCACACCCGGCUUAGCAGCCCCGGCUCCUUGGUGGCGGGGCCUUGGCGCUCAGGAAGGCGCGCAGCGGGAGGCUGGUGACGGAUGGGGGGGCGGGCGGGGGUCACAAGCGAGUCCCUCCGCCUUUUCCUCCCGGUGGGGUGAGGCAAGAGACGCUCUGGUGGCCUGGGAAACAGGCGGGACAAAAGCCUGCGGGAGGGGGAGCGAUGCUUGCCGGAGAAGGACGCCGCACCUUGGCCUGCGAGCCCGGGACGCAGCUGUUGUGAGCCAAACGAGGGCCCGACCGCGCCAAGGAGAGCGUCGGUGUUGCUUAAUGGAGGAACUGCAAUAACUUUGAGAGAGGUGGGGGAGAACCUCCAGGAAGAAAGACUUCAAACCAGUCGGAUCUUGCAGUCUGCUUUCAGAUGCUUGAUUCCUGUGGAAAAAGCAACCACUAUCUGUACAGUGUCUUUUGAAUAUUUUUUUUUUUGGGGGGGGGGGGGUUCUAGUCAAUGACAUGCUUAUUCUGCCUUUUUUUUAAAUUGUUGCCUCUUCUGGGUGGCUGUUUUGUUUCCCCCGUUUCCCUUUGGAAUGGGAUUAAAGGGAGGGGAGUUCAAGACCCUUAGGCAGCUGGGGCAGCUCCUCUGAAGGGUUAAAAAGUCCUGCUGGGAGCUGUUGAAGAAAAGCAGCUUUUGUCAGUCCCGCUCCUUCCUGGUGUGGGGGGAGAGAGAGAUCUGCCCAGUAUUCUUUUCCUCAGGGCCUUCCCUUUUUUUCUUACCUAGUAAUUAAGAAUGAUGAAGUGGCCUGUUUCUUUUCCCAGAGAAGAUCUCAAAACCAGAUUAGUCUUGCCUGUGUGUGUGUGUGUGUGUAUGUGGAGAGCAGGAAGGGGGAGGGGGAACCCAACCGGUCAUACUAGUUAUGACACAUCUCUCAUAUGACUAGCAUUUGCAUUACAUUGGGUCCAAGAGUGCAGGGGAUUUCCUACUUAUGCUGCCUUAGCUUUGUGUGUGUUUAAAGGUGUGGGUAGAACCCUGAGUGACUCAACUGUAUGUGUGUGGGGUGGGGGGAUUAAAGUACAUACAUUAAAGGCAUACUGGCAGCUUUCCUUGAUGCCUGAAGCUGUCCAGAUAUACAUUGAACAGUGGUGGGCAAUACCAUUUUUACCUCCACAAAACUUUUCUCAUGACAUUUCCAGAUUGGACAUUUCUCAUUCAGAGAGACUGAGACUGCUGUUAUUUAUACUUUUUUUUUUUCAUUUUUAAAAGUGAUCAUUCUGUGAAAUUCCAAGAUACUUUUUCUCUCUUUGCUCAUGCAGUAUUUUUUUGACCUGGUCUAUUGUGAAAUGCUGCUUAUUGUUCCAUGUGAGUUUAAUAUAAAUACUUCACAAGUGUGUUUAAUGCUGUUUUUGUUUCAAAACUGGCAAGAUUGGUGACUGUCAAGGUACUGUGUAAUGCGACUUGUAUGUUUUCAAAGUUUUGUAACUUAUGUUUAUCUUCUGUUGCUUGAAAUGGGGAAAAUACAGGCUUCUUUGGUUCUGGUUUUCACCCUCAUGGUGUUAAUAGUUUUGGUCACUGAAAUAAAGACCAUCUGAUUUUUUAAAAA